AUAGGCGGAGAGCUGAUGGACAGGAUUGUGGAGUUUGGCUACCUACAGGAGGAGGAGUCCCGUAAGGUAUUUAAACAGAUGGUAUGUGCCCUUCAGUAUUGUCACAUGAAAGGGAUUGUUCACAGGGAUCUAAAGCCUGAAAAUAUUUUAGUGGACGGCAAAGGAAAUAUAAAACUCAGUGAUUUUGGACUGAGCACCAAGCUUACCCUGGGGCAGAAGCUAGCACAUUUCUGUGGGACCGUUCCUUAUUGUGCCCCAGAAGUCUUUAAAGGUGGAGGCUACGAUGGCCGAGCAACCGACAUCUGGAGUUUGGGGGUUGUACUCUACUUUAUGUCUACAGGGUGCCUCCCUUUCAAGGGAACUGCCUUUGUAGGAAUAAAGGAGCAGAUCUUGGUGGGAAAGUACUCUGUUGAAUUCAAGCUGUCGCCAGAGCUUUGGGAUCUUAUUGCUAAGUUGUUAACUAUAAAUCCUGGAGAAAGACCAACAAUAGAUGAUGUUGUGGGCUUUCAAUGGCUGAAGCAUGGCAAUGAAGGUUCUCCCAAUCCCUUUAGAGAGAACGAUGAGGACAGCUACCCAGACCCCACUGUGAUGGCCAUCAUGGGUGUCAUGGGUUAUAAGCAAGGACAGAUCCUGGAAGCUUUACACGAGAAGAAGUUUGAUCAAGUGAUGGCCACCUACUUGAUUCUUAGGCAGCAGUCACCCUGGGAAGACAUUACAAAAGAUCUUCAGCCCAAGCAGUCUGCUGGAACCUUGAACCUUACAGGCCCUCCCACAACACCUAAAGUGACUAUCAAGAGGGGAUCUAGUGUCUCUAUCCUUUCCACUUCUUCCAGUUUGCACACUCUAACUGAGAGUCCCGAGAAUGACAAAAAGGGGAGAACGAGGUACAGUAGGCCUCCCACCCUGAACUGCCCUGACAAGAAAACAGCCCCCAUUCACAGAAUCUGCCCCCAGUGUGUGCAUGAGGCUAAUUUCACGAACAGCACCUCGGGGGAUUCAGAGAGCACUAUUAACACCUCCGAUGAAAUAUGUACCAUAGUGUCUUGCCCCCAGUGUGUACAUGAGGCUAAUUUCUCGAACAGCACCUCGGGGGAUUCAGAGAGCACUGUUAACACCUCCGAUGAAAUAUGUACCACAGUGUCCUGCCCCCAGUGUGUACAUGAGGCUAAUUUCACGAACAGCACCUCGGGGGAUUCAGAGAGCACUAUUAACACCUCCGAUGAAAUAUGUACCACAGUGUCCUGCCCCCAGUGUGUACAUGAGGCUAAUUUCACGAACAGCACCUUGUCUUCAGCACUGGAAACUUAUUCCAGUAAGUUAUCCUGGAAUGUGUCCGAAGCUGGCCCUAACAAAUCAAAGAGCAAGGCGUCCUCACAGGAUGUUUUAUCUCAUCACACCACUAUGGAGGAAGUUCAGUGCAGAGACGUCAACGUACAAGGUGAAAUUAUCGGUUCAUCUCUCCCACAAACCUCACCUCAGGAGGACCUCAGAGGACAGCCCCACAGCAUGUCUACUGCUGGUCAGAGAGAUGAAAGGAGCAGCUCAUCUCUCCUACAAACUGCACCUCAGGAGGACCUCAGAGGACAGCCCCACAGCAUGUCUACUGCUGGUCGGAGAGGUGAAAGGAGCAGCUCAUCUCUCCUACAAACUGCACCUCAGGAGGACCUCAGAGGACAGCCCCUCAGUGUUGCUACAGCUGCUUCAAAGAACAACAUGACCUCACAAGAUAGAUCAACUCCAUUCUCCAGCAAGGAGGCCCAGGAUGAGGGUCUGAUUGUACAAGAAAAAGACCUCAGCCCAUCCUCCCCAGAAACAUCCCAGGGACACCUCAGUGGCCGGAGACAGACUGCACCCAGAGCCCCCUUUAGAAAGCGGAUUUGGAGGAGCCUACAGAGCAGGAUUAUAAAAGGCCUGAGAAGUUUAUGUUGCUGCAUACCAACAGAAAAGAGGGAGCGCCUAGGCUGCAACAAAAUCCUGCCUGUGACCUUAGAGGACCAUGGAGGGAGCCAAGGUAACAGGAAAACAGGCCUCAGAGGACCUUCCACGCACAGUGUGAUCGUCAUUCCAGCUACCUGUCGCCAGGUGUACCAUGAGCCAUUAGAAGAGAGAGCGGCACCGGAAGCAGAGGAGGACCCCAGAGGGCCUGCCCAGUUUGUAUGUGUUCAAGAUGAGUAUUGCUGA